AUGCGGCUCUCCUACCUCCUCCUCAUUUUUUCCAACCUCAUUCGCCCCGGCACCGCACAGCUCCCGACCUCAAAAGCAACUUCAGCCCUCACACAACACUUUAUCCAUCCUAUCCGCGGUGACGUCCUCCUCCCGGGCAGCAUCUUCACCAUCCGCUGGGAAGCCAACACCAUUUUCAAGAACGUCACUUUCCAACUCUGGGACAAGACCUCCUGGGGCUUUGCCCGCGACCUCCUCUCCCCCUGCCACCCCUGGGCGCGCAACCCUUUCUGCGGCACCAUCGCCGUCUCCGCACCCAACACCGGCUCCUUCGAAUGGUUGGUGCCCAACCCUCAGAAUGGCUCCUCGGGCUUCGGCUUCCCACGUGGGGAGCGCGCCUACUGGAUCAAGAUGUACGUGGAGGACUACGUGCACGCCGAGAUUGGUAACACAGACCCUGUGUUGAGUUACAGCCAGAAUUUUGCGUUUGCGAAGGCGGGCAACGUGGGGACGUUGGUCACAGAGCAGGAGGGGCCAACGAGUACAAGUGGGUGGGACAGUGGACCGCCGACGGUGUUUGUGACUGUUCUUGAUAUCGGGUCGGCGACGAGUACGGGGGAUGGGGCUGUGAGGGAGACGGGGACAGGAGAGGCGACGGCGACGAGGGUGGGGAAUAAGACGGCGCUGGUGCCGGUUGAGGGAGAAUCGCAUGCCUGUGAGAAUGAUUUCAGCCGUAGGUAG